UUCGACCGCCAUAGAGAGUCACAACUCGUAUAUAAAUAAACGCGCUUCUUGUUUAAUCUCUCCUUUCUCAUAUAAAAGGCCAUAGCGAAGUAAAAAAGAAAGAGUACAGCAAAAGCAGAAAAGUCGACCAUGGCGGACGGUGAUAUUCCUGAAGAUGCCAAUGAGCAUUGCCCUGGUACUCAAUCAGAGUCCGCAGGAAAAUCUGACGCUUGCGAAGGUUGUCCUAAUCAAGAAGCUUGUGCUACUGCCCCAAAAGGCCCUGACCCAGACUUGGUUGUUAUUGCAGAAAGGAUGGCUAAUGUUAAGCAUAAGAUACUUGUUUUAUCAGGGAAGGGUGGAGUUGGCAAGAGCACAUUCUCUGCCCAACUUUCAUUCGCCCUGGCAGCUAUGAACCUCCAGAUAGGUCUGCUUGACAUUGACAUUUGUGGCCCGAGCAUCCCAAAGAUGCUUGGCCUAGAAGGUCAAGAAAUCCACCAGAGCAACCUCGGCUGGUCUCCUGUCUAUGUUGAUGAUAAUCUUGGGGUCAUGUCAAUUGGAUUCAUGCUUCCUGAUCCUGAUGAAGCUGUUAUAUGGAGGGGCCCUCGCAAGAAUGGGCUCAUCAAGAAUUUCCUGAAGGAAGUGUACUGGAAUGAACUUGAUUUUUUGGUUGUUGAUGCUCCUCCUGGGACCUCAGAUGAGCAUAUCUCAAUUGUUCAAUGCCUUGGGGCUACUGGAAUAGAUGGUGCAAUUAUUGUCACAACUCCACAGCAAGUCUCCUUGAUUGAUGUGCGAAAAGAAAUCAAUUUCUGCAAAAAAGUUGGAGUUAAGGUUCUUGGGGUUGUUGAGAAUAUGAGCGGCUUGUGCCAGCCACUAAUGGAUUUCAAGUUUAUGAGGACGACAGAGACCGGUGAACAUAUAGAUGUUUCAGAGCGGGUUAGGGAAUAUCUUAAAGAGAAAGAACCAGAACUUCAAAAUUUGAUUGCUUGCAGUGAAGUGUUUGAUAGUAGCAGUGGUGGUGCAGAAAAAAUGUGUAGGGAAAUGGAAGUGCCUUUUCUUGGGAAGGUGCCAUUGGAUCCGCAGCUUUGUAAGGCUGCUGAAGAAGGUAGAUCCUGCUUCAUUGAUAAGAAAUGCCAGGUGAGCGCUCCUGCACUGAAGAUCGUCAUAGAAAAAAUGAUUGAAAAGAAUGGAUUCUCAAGUAUGUUGGUAGAUAGUGCAUAGGCUGUUAGCUUCAGCUUGUGGUCCUUAUGUGGAUCAAAAUUUUGUGUUUCUUUUUAUGUUUAAUAAUAGCAUGGAUUCUUAAGCUUGUGGCUUUUGAAUUACUCGACUUAUAUGUAUUUAUUCGUAACAUAGCUGCUAUUUGAAUGUAAUGAUAUUUAACCUCUGGAGUUUUGUGGCCAUGCUUUGUGCAUAGUCCUUUGAUAUAUCUUAAAGUGAUUAGGGAUAA